UAUGUAUUCCGUCUGCCCCGUAGAACACAUAAGAUAUGUAGCACUCAUGAAUAAAAUAGAGAGAGCUGGAGCCUGUUUGAGGUGACGCAAGAUCCGGAGAAAACGAGUGCAGUAGUUGAGGCGCCACGUCGGCAGAACCAACAAGAUACAUCCUAUAUUUUUGAAGGAAAGUUUGAAACCGCAAAAGUACGAUUUUACGUGCGUUAAAAUACAGGACAACACGCUAUUAAAGUAUAGCUUUGAAUAGAGGAGUUUGAACAAAAGUAAAAAGGCACCGGGGGCUGAAAAUUGUAGUAAUAUUUUCAGGAAACAAACGAGCGCACCAAUUAUUCGUCUCAGGUGCGUAGCAGUCCCUUCUACAAGCGGGCAUCAGAAAUUACUGGAAACAUGGUGAAGAACGUGAACGCCACCCCAGAGCCCCAGCCUGAAGGUUGUCUCGUGGAAGAAGAACCUGAGUUAACUGGAAGCGAGCCCACAGCAGAUGAGGGGAAGGAUGCAGGUAAGGAGCACCCCGAGGCCCAGCCAGGCAUGAUCUGGCGGGUCGGGGGUGGCCUGUUCCGUGCCAGUAAAACUGUGGUGGGCGCCACGGUAGGAGGAGUUGCCUGGCUCGGCGGGAAGAGUCUGGAGUACACUAAAUCAGCAGUUACUUCAGUCCCCUCAAUGAGCGUCAGCCUGGUGAAAGGGGUCGCCGGGGGCGUGUCAUCGGUCGCCGGGGGCGUGUCAUCAGUGGGUUCCACGGUAGCUGGCAAAGUUCCGUUCAGAGCCAAGACAAAGGACAAGGCAGAGUGAGGAGGAGAUGAUGAUGGACACGCAACACAAUGCAUCGCCCCACCGACUGAGCCAUAAGAGGAAGUGAUGAGUUGAAGCUAGUCGCCAUGUUUUCAAAGUGGAUUGAUUUCGUUAGUUUUUUUUUCUUCGUUUGUACAUCAUUCACUAAGUUGUACCUGGAGAAACAACAUGUUCAGUAGUGCCUUUUGUAGCCUCCCCCUUCUUUCCUUGUUUUUUUUUUUUGUCAAUUAAAAAAAAUCGGUGUUUUUGUUAGUGUUGAAGAGGGAGAUUACUAUUUAUUCAGGCCAGAGGUCACAAUUGUCCCCCUCGCCAUCUAUUCCCCCCCCCCCCCCCAAACACCAUUUCACUGAGCAGUGUGUACAGGGGGUCUUCAUCCAAACCUACAUGGUCCCCUGAAGCCUUAAGACAAUGUAAAGCAGUUAUAUAAGGAGGGAGAGAGAUAAACAGGCAUGCUAGGUUGGGUUCUUCUCUUCCACCAUUUAAAGCCUGGUUUGUGGUUUAUAAUGUGCUGGAAUUUUUGUAUGAGUUUUUUUUUUGUGACCGCAAACCCAAACACAGAACAUUAGCUUGUUUCGAAAUGGUACAGUGAACCAUGUGAAGAUAGCUUUUUGGGUCUUCUGAAAAGAGUUUGAUAGCAUUUCCAAAAUAAGAGUUGGAGGUGAUGUGGUUCUGAGAGCCAAUAGCCCUGUUUAGGUUGUUGUGGUAAAACGAUAUGAUCACUUUAAUCAUGGUUAUUCAGUAGAUGCAUAUAUGAAAUGGAGACGUCAUAAAUUUUACACAAAAUAAAAUAUCUAUUUAUUGAUGGACUUGUUUCUCUACUGUCUGUCUUUGGUCCUUUUAUAAUGUUUCUAUGGAAACUCAACAUUUCAAUGCAACAGUUUGGGUUUGUUUCUGUAUUCUGCCACAACUUGGCUGUUGCUGGUAGAGAAUGCUGAUAUGACUGUCUGGCAUGCUUGUACUUUCCAACAUAAUAAAGUCUCGUGGGAAGUUUGA